UACCAGUAAACUUUCGAAAGUCAAGAUGGCGAACGCAGUGAAAGAAAAUGUCCAAGGAUGGAAAGAAAAGAUUGACGCCAAAUUGCACGAGAAAAAUGCCAUUACAGAUAUCCUGGAAAAGAUUGAAACAAAAACUGGUGUCCGUAGACUUUAUAUUGCUCUCGGUCUGGCAGCCAUAUGUGCAUUAUAUUUGAUGAUAGGAUAUGGAGCCCAGUUUCUGUGCAAUUUCAUAGGAUUUUUGUAUCCAGCAUAUGCCUCUGUGAAGGCGAUUGAGACAACAAACAAAGAAGAUGACACUCAGUGGUUGAUGUACUGGGCUGUUUACAGUUUCUUCUCACUGUUAGAAUUCUUCACUGAUAUCUUUUUGUUCUGGAUCCCAUUCUACUGGCUUCUAAAGAAACGUAGUCAUCUUUGCUGGUAUAAAGACACUAAUGGCUCAGUUCUUAGUUCAGUAUGGACCAUUGAAUCAAGGCAAAUAGGCUCAUAA